AUGGUGGUUGCUUCUGACAGGGGAAGUUCCCUCGGCUGCGGAAACCAAGCAGCUCGGUCAGGAGCUCUCGAAGCGGGCCCAGACGAUCCCGACCCACGUGUUUCAGACCCUGAAUGCGGUUCCGAAGUCCGUGCACCCGAUGACGCAACUGUCGAUCUGCCUACUCGCGCUGCAGAGCAAAUCCAAGUUUCACGCUGCCUACUCUGCGGGUACGCUGAAAAAGUCCGACUACUGGCAGUACGUUUUGGACGACUCGCUAACCUUGGUAGCGCAGAUCCCCAUUGUGGCAGCGCACAUCUACCGGCGGGUGUUCCACGACGGUAA